AACAAAACAAAAAUCGAAUGCAGCAAAGCCUACUGGAGCAUUGGCAUUGCAAAAAGGCGGCCCCCCGUCCUCUUUUUGGUUUCACUUCACCUUCACCUCCCUCUCUCCUGAGCCCCCUUGUGGCAAUCCUAAAAUUAAUGCUCCCAUCUGCCGCUGGUGCAUCCAUCGAUCUGGUCCCUCCUCCCCUUGCCCAGUUGCCCAGCCCUCCUGUUCAUCCUUGCUAUUGCUCGCAAGAUUCUCCUCCCUUUCUUGUCAUCCAUACGCCCUCAAAGAUCUUGUUUCGAUUGGGAGAGCAUUGAUUUCUCCCCUCCUUCCUUCCUUGGCAGCUAGCUGAUCCUGAUCGAUAUCGCGCCUACACUAGUCAGUAGAUGGGAGUUCAGACAAUGUCGUCCCACGGCGACGACGGCCGCCGCGGCCUCCCGCGGCAGGGCUCGGUGUACAACCUCACGCUGACCGAGGUGGAGACCCGGCUGGGCGAGCCGCUGCGGAGCAUGAACCUCGACGACCUCCUGCGCACCGUGCUGCCUGCCGCCCCAGCCACCGAGCCGGCGCCCAAGAAGACGGUCGACGAGGUGUGGCGCGACAUCCAGAGCGCCAGCGGCGCCCGGCAGCCGGCCAUGGGCGAGAUGACGCUGGAGGACUUCCUCUCCCGCGCCGGCGUCACCGUCGACGCCGGACCGCAUUGGCUACACCAGCACCAGCACCAGCACCAGUACGUGGUGCCGCUCGGGUCCCCGGCGGUGGACGGCGUCGGGGUUUUCCUAUCGCAGGUGGCCGGCCGGAAGCGCGGCGCGGCGGCGGCGGCGGACGGGGACGGCGUGGUGGAGGAGAGGACGGUGGAGCGGCGGCAGAAGCGCAUGAUCAAGAACCGCGAAUCCGCGGCGAGGUCCCGGGCCAGGAAGCAGGCAUACACCAACGAGCUGGAGAACAAGGUCGCCCGGCUGGAGGAGGAGAACCAGCGUCUCAGGAAGCUCAAGGGCAGCAGGCAAUGACGGUUGUGGUUUUUUUUUUGGAAGGGCGUUGUGGUUGGUUUUUUAAGCCUAAGCUGUAACAAGAUUCCAAAUUAAGCCUGAUGAAACAAUAAUGAAGCCCAAUGAACCAUGUGCAUUUGCAAUUUGGAUUGGAUUGGAUGGAAUGGUACAAGGGCCUCCUCAUCUGUCUCUGUCUGCGGAGCUAACGAUGUGUUGGGUUGCAUUGGUUGCAGAUGCUGCCACCGCUGGAGCCGCCACCAGAGCAUGAGCAGCGGCCGGUGCCCCAGCCGGAGCAUGAGCGGCGGCCGGUGACCCAGCCGGAGGAGGCGAAGCAGCCGCUCCGGCGAAGGAAUUCAGCCACCUUCUGAUGAGACGAUGGGCCG